AUUUUACCGAAAGGAAAAAGUUUCCUAAAAUCACAAUGGCUCGCAGACGCAAAAAUCGCACCCAUUUGAAGGGUGCAGGGGCAACUGCACAGCACGCAAACGACGGUGCACCUAAGUCGUUCAUCAUAAAACAUGGACAAGUGGGUUCUUCUGUCACGCAGCUUGUUCGCGAUCUGCGAAAAGUUAUGGAACCAAAUACGGCGAGUCGUCUGAAGGAACGUAACCGUAACAAAUUAAAAGACUACCUGACUAUGGCACCUACGCUGGGGGUCACGCAUUUGCUGGCUCUUACUGUCACAGACGUCGCACCCUCACUGCGCAUGGUUCGACUUCCUGCGGGACCUACUCUCAGCUUCCGUGUGGAACGAUACAGCUUGAUGAAAGACAUCUUGAAAACUUCUCGAUCCUCACGAAGCAUGGGGAUGGAGUAUCUCACUGCCCCACUGGCCGUCCUCGCUUCCUUCCCUCCACCCUCUCCCGAAACACCCCCACAUCUUCCACUGCUCAUGAAAUCCUUCCAAUCUCUUUUCCCUCCAUUAUCCCCUAACUCAAUGUCACUCUCCAACUGCCGUCGGAUCGUCCUGAUAGCAUACAACCCCGACAGAGGAACCGUCGACUUUAGACACUACAUUAUCACUGUAAAACCAUACGGCGUCUCGAAACGCGUCCGACGCGUGCUCGAAGGCGCCCCCAAAAAAUCAUCGGCCAACCUCUCUAGUGGGUUCUUGGACCUUGGAAACGAGAAGGAUGUCGCGGACUUCUUGCUAAGAAAAAGAGGGGAGCCUAGCCCAGGGAGUGACGGGUAUGAGUCUGCGGCAUCAUCAGCUUCGAGUGCUGCUGGCGAUGACGGGGAUGCGGUGUCGUUGGCGGAUGAUUAUGUUGGGCGGGGUAAUAAGAAAGGGCAAAAGAAGGCUGUUCGACUGAGUGAAGUUGGCCCGAGGAUGGAGCUCAGGCUGAUUAAAAUUUCUGAAGGCGUUCCAGGGAGGGAAGGCGCUGUGCUGUAUCAUGAAUUUGUCAAAAAAUCGAAGGCCGAAGCUGCUGCACUUAAGGCUUCUCAUGUCGCUAAGGAGAGAUUGCGAAAGCAAAGAAGGGAGGAACAAGAUAGAAACGUGCAACGGAAGAAAGCAGAAAAAGAACAAGGGUCGCGAAAGAACCAAGAGGAUCCUGAUGAGGAAGCCAGUGACGAUGAGGCUGACGAAUCUGGCCAGGAAGCUUAUGAUGGAUGGGAUGAAGACGAAGAAAUAAGUGAAGUAGGUGGCAGCGAUGAUGAACAUAGCGAAGAACCAGGGAGCGACGAAGAGGAAAGUGAGGAUGAGCCCGAAGAGAGGCCGCCUACCAAGAAAGUUCGAAUACGAGGGAAACGGUGACCUAUAAAGUAUGUUUCUCAUAUUGUUGGAGUGUAUUCACGAUGAUUCAACCAUGAGUGGGGAUACAAUAUGUAUGGAGAUUGGAUAUCAGUAUCUUGUCCUCUUCCGCUCGCGGUAGAGCGAUCUGGUGAUAUGAUCGCCACUGUCUUAAGCUUUGUUCAGAUCCUCGAGAGCGGCUCGCCUC